AUGGCAAAGAUUCCAGCUUUGGUGGCAGUGUUAGUGGCGCUCCUGGCCAUGGCAGAGGCCGGCAAGCAGCAGCAAUGCAGGGAACAGAUAGAGAGCCAGGAACAACAGCUUAGCCACUGCGAGAAGUACUUAUCCCAGAAGGGGAACAAUUUCGAGCUGACGAAAGAAGAAGAGAAGCAACCGCCCCAAGAAUGCUGCCGGGCACUGCAGAGCUUCGACCGCGAGUGCCGCUGCGCCGCCGUGAGAGAGGCGUUCGGACGGCAGCUGGAGAAGGAUUUGGAGGAGAGCGGUGGGUGGGUGGAGGAGAGGAAGAUGCAGAGGGCGUUGCAGAAGGCUAAGUUUCUUCCGAGCUCUUGUAACUUGCAGCAGCGGCCUCAAGAAUGCCAAAUCCGACCUCCCAUGGUUUUGUAA